UCUGGCAAGUGCACGUUAGCUUCUGCGGAAGAGAGCGCCUGCAGGGAGCAUGGCAGAGAGAGACAGCAUCUCGUUGGUUACGUAUGUAACCUCAAGACGUUCCCCUUUAGUACUUAAACUCAAGCUGCGUUGAAUGCUUUGGGGACGAGAAUACCCACUGUGACAUACGAGCAAGUUGCUGUCUGGUGUGUAUCCGACGAGCACAUCAAGACGAAAGGACUUAAGACAAUGGAGUAGAAGUCAGGUCCAAACUGUAGAAAUGAAUGAAUGUGUGCGGAGAGGACCAGCCUGCCGCAGCACAAACAUCCUGAAGGGCCACGCCCACUGAUAAGGCCUUGGAUGCCGCCAUACCCCUGGUCGAUUACGCCCUGACCCCCAUGGCUGACUGGAGGCCAGAGGACUCAUAGGCCAGUGUGAUGGCCUUAAUCACCUUCCGACUCAUAGUUUGUUUGGUCGCUGGAACCCCUUUCUUAGGUGGACCAAAGCAAACGAAUAACUGAUCUGCUUUACGCCACUGGGAAGCUUUGUGAACAUAAGUGUGUGGUACCAUGGGACCUGACAAUGAGGUGGGCACUUUAGGGACAUACCUGGGUCUCGGGUAGAGGAAUGCCCUAUCCGUGCCCGGGGCAAACUCCAGGCCUGACACAGCAAGAGCUUUAAGGUCCCCUAUCCUCUUCAGUGAGGAUAUAGUGAACAAGAAGAUAGACUUAAGCGUGAGGAGCUUAUCUGAAGUAUCUUUAAUGGGUUCAAAGGGAGCUUGCAUAGAGCCUCCAGAACCACUGCCAGAUCCCAUGAGGGCACCUUAGUGCAAUGUACUGACCUCGGCCUCCGAGUGCCACGGAGGAAAUGUGUAACUAAUGGGUUUCUUCCCACUGACUGACCACCCUGAAGGGUGUGGUAUGCAGCUAUGGCUGCCACAUAAACCUUCAAAGUGGAUGGGGAUAACCCUGCGGAGUAUUGCUCCUGCAGAAACUCUAGAACUGAACCAACUGGACAGUUGACUGGGUCUUGCAGUCGCUGUCUGCACCAAGAGGUGAAAAGUUUCCACUUCAAGUCAUACAGUUUCCUCGUGGCGGGAUCUUUGGACUGGAGUAUGGUCUCAGCAACCUCAAUUGAGAGACCAGAUGCUAUGAGCUGUGCCCCCUCAGGGGCCACGCCGACAACUUCCAUAACUCUGGGUGGGGGUGAAGAAUGUUGCCUGAGAGAGGAGGUCCCUCCUGAUCGGAAUCUCUCGAUUAGAGCCAUCGAGGAGGGACACCAGGUCCGAGAACCUUACUCGGGUUGGCCAGAAUGGGGCUACCAGCAAAAGACUAACCCCAUCCCAGUGUACUCUCUCCAGAACUCCCAGGAGCAGAGUAAUUGGGGGAAAUUCGUACAGAUGAAGCCUCGGCUGUAUCUGCACCAUAGCAUCGAGCCCAAGUGGAGCUUGUUGUGCGAGGGAGAACCAGAGCGGACAGUGUGUCGUUUCCUGCGACGCAAAUAGAUCCACUUCUGCCUGGCCGAACCCCUCCCAAAGGAGCUCCACCACUUCUGGGCGGAGUCUCCACUCCCCGGGUCUCAGCCCCUGUCUUGACAGGAUGUCUGCUCCCUGAUUGAGAUGCCCAAUGAUGUAGAUUGCUCUUAACGAGAGGAACUUCUCCUGAGCCCACAGGAGGAUCUGGUGUGCCAGCCUGUAAAGGGGGCAAGCGCAGACACCCCUGCUGAUUUAUGUAGUAGACCACCAAUGUGUUGUCUGUGCGGACAAGCACAUGAUGUCCCCUUAGGUCUGGAAGUGUUUUAUAGCUCAACACGGUCAACAUCUCCAGGCAGCUGAUGUGCCGCAUGAGAUGAUGGCCUUCCCACAGACCUCAUGACACUCAUAACUGCUCCCCAACUUGUGAGGGAGGCAUCUGUCGUUAGCAUUACACGAUGACAAGGAGCCCCCAGCAAUGGGCUUUGAGACAGGAACCAAGGUUUCUUCCACAUGUAAGCAUUGUUGCAUGACCUUGAUUGUGCAAAGUGGGUUGCCCCUCAGGGAAAACCCUUUGGUCCUGAGCCACCACUGCAAGGGUCUCACGUACAGCAGGCCAAAAGGUAUCACGUUGGGCGCAGCUGCCAUCAGACCCAACAGUCUCUGAAAUUGUUUGACAGUAAGUGACUGGCCUUCUCGUACUCCCCUCACGGUUGUGAAAAUUGUUUCGAUACGAGCAGGAGACAACUGAUAAGUGGUCCUCUGUAUUGGAGAAAGUACACUUGGUGUUCAGCCGUAACCCCAACUCUAUCAUAGGGGCGAGGACAACAUCUCGAUGCCAAGCCGCCAUCUGCUCUGACUGAGCUAAAAUCAACCAAUCGUCUUUGUAAUUCAAUAUGCGGAUGCCCUGGUGUCGCAGUGGAGCCAGCACUGCAUCCACACACUUUGUGAAAGUGGGGGGUGAGAGGGAUAGACUGAAAGGAAGAACCCGAUAUUGGUAUGCCUCGCCCCCGAAAGUAAACCUCAGGAACUUCUUGUGUUGAGGAAGAAUGGACACAUGGAAGUAUGCGUCCUUGAGAUCUAUGGUGACAAACCAGUCCUCUGACUUAAUUUGAGACACAAUCUGCUUGAUAGUAAGCAUUUUGAACCGAAAUCAUUUGAUAGCAUGGUGUAGUAGAUGCAGAUCUAUGAUCAGAUGCAACCCCCCAUCCGUCUUCGGAAUGAUGAAGUAACGGCUGUAGAACCCUGAUUCUCUCGAGAGAGGAGGAACACAUUCUAUGGCCUCCUUCCUCAAGAGAGUUUCUACUUCUUGUUCCAAUACCAGAUCCUGCUCGGAGCCCACUAAUGUAGGAACUACCCCACUGAAGCAAGGUGGACGAGAACCAAACUAAAUUCUGUAACUUCUCUCUACAGUCUGCAGGACCCAUUGUGAGACAUUCGACAGAAGUUUCCACGCUGCCAGAAAAUCUACUAAGGGAACAAGUCUCUCGAGACUGGCCUCUGGUGUUACUAGAAGAGCCACUUCGGUGCCCUGAAGCAGUUGACCGGCAGGGAACAACCGAUCUAUGCUCUCUAGCACCCUCAUCUGAGGGCUGCCCUCGCGGCCCUGACGGUGGAAUUGUCAGGACCGUUUGGCAGAGGUCCUCUUAGAUGUAGUAACGGUCUGCAGAUCUGUAUCCUGUUUAGAAGACCACGGCCGGGAGCAGCGCCCCUCCCCUGAUCUUUCUGUGGGGGAGUACGGGUAGCGACGCUCUGUUUCUGGGUCUGGCGAUAUGAGGAGCUAGACGGCUGGAACUGCUCCUUCUCAGCAGUCCCAAAGACCUGAGAAAGCGCUGGAAUGCUGCUGCCUGCUUCUUUGCCUCCUGAAACCUCUCGACGACAGAGUCUACUGCACCACCGAAGAGGCCAGAAGGUCAUAGCAUGGCAUCCAGUAAGAAGAAUCUUAUCUUAUCUUAGUCCUUAUCUUGUAACUCAGACAGAUUCUACCACAGGUGUCGCUCUGUGGCCACAAGAGCUGCCAUGGAACGGCCGAUGGCUCUGACCAUUUCCUUGGUGGCCCGAAGCGACAGAUCUGUGGCCCGACGCAUAUCCCUUCUCAUUCAGCCCCAUGAUGUUGGAGAAAUUAGAUACUGUGGGGCUAAAGAGUCGGGACAAAUACAGUUUAUCCCAUGAUCUUGAAAGCUCAGAAUGGAGAUUGGGGGAAAACGGAAGGCCCCAACAUGACGGUUGUGAUUUUGAUCUAAGGAAACACUCGUCCAACUUGCUUUUGGGACGAGCAUCCUGUUUCUCGGCUGGCCAUUCAAUGUUCAGUAUAGCUACAGCAUGAGUAACAACCUCCACAAGCUCCUCAUACUCUAGGGACUGUGGAGGCGAGUCCACAAUCUCCUCCAUGUCGACGCUCAUCACAUCAACCUCCUCGGAAGAAGAUAAAUAAAGGGACUGGCCCUCUCUCCGGGGGAAAGAAACCAUGGGGCGGGCUUCCGAACCGUGAGAGGGGGCCGUGGAUCUUGCAGGUGAGGACCAAGAUAAGGGCGAGCCCAUCUCAGAUCCCUCCGCUAAAUCCACUUGUGAUCCUCACCAUAACAAACGCUGCUGUGCCUCAGCAACAGCGUGGUCGGACUCAGCAGGAUUGCGAGCCUGGCCACUUUCAUCAAAGACGGCCAGGCGGGAGUGAAGCACACGGAGUGGGAGAAGCUCACAAUCAUGGCAGGAAGCCCUCUCGAGAGCUGCCCGUGCAUGCUCCGCUUCCAAACAGAUGACUCACAAAUUGUGUGUAUCCCCACCCGAGACAUAAUGUGGGCAGGGAGGAACAAAUGACUUGAAACACCUUCCACUCGCCACACUUUUUGAUUUACUCUUUGGCAUAUCUUUUUCUCGCUUACUAACAGAGUUUUGACUGACUGAGUGCUUGCAUACAUUCACACACACACCACAGACACGCUCGUUAAAGAGCAAAAGCUAACAAGUGUGCCUGCCGGAUGUGCCUUUAUGCUUCCUGGUUGCUUACGUCACCCCAUUCGUGACGUUUCAUUUCACUAUUUGACUGAUUUCACACAUGCUUCAGUACGGUGUCUUGCUGGGGGCGUUCCCAAAGUGUUCAACGCAGCUCGAGUUUCUGAAGGGGUACCUAGGUUUCCAAACAGACUGUGGAAUAUCAGUCAGUCAAAUAAAAUGCACGCAACCCAUAACAACUCCUCAGAUUGACAGAUAUGUACAAAUAAACAAUAAUUUUCCAAUAUUUGAGCGAUUAGCCUAGUUACUGUAUUGUACACAUUGUCAUGUUAAUUACAAUUCAAAUGCAUUUUGUUUUAUUGACCACAAUAUCAUUGAUAAUUGUCUGAGAGGGGCACUUUUGAAUAAUUUUAAAAAAGGGCCCUUCAAGCCCCCUCUCUCACGUUCAAUUUGCUAACAUAUUCCAAAUGUUUGCACACUGAAUUUAUAAAGAAAUUAUUAGGCUAUACAAAUGUUUGUGCACGGUCAAGUAAUUCAUCCACACCAUACAAUGUUUUAGAUUUAACCAGUUUUUGUAAAAAAUCAACAGCCCCAUCUAGUAUAGAAAGGAAGAUGUCAGAGAGAAGAAGCAGCUUGACUCCACCACCAAAUAUAUCUGAAUUAAGGAUUUGGUUGAUGGGAGAAGACUGGGCUGAUAAGAGUUCAGUGGGAAACUUGCUCUUGAGAAGAAAUGAAUUUGAAACAGAAGCCUCUCUCCCACUUCAUCAGUGUGCUAAACCAGGCAGAGGACAAAUUGAGGAUCAAAGCAUAUCUGUGGUCAUCACACCAAAUCUGUUUAACAGAGAUGUUCCUGCAGAUGAAGUUGCUCAGGCAUUAAAAAAUUGUGAGGCCAUGUCUGCUCCAGGUCCACAUGUACUUCUGCUAAUUCUGCAACCAGAUACUUCCAAAGAGAAGAUUAUAUAUAUGAGUAACACCAUGAACUCCUUGUCAGAGCACACAAUGAAUCAUACGUUGGUACUGGUGUUGGAGGGAGAGGAAAAAAUCAGUACUGCUAAAGAGAUAAAACUUCAAAAUGUAUUUAAGGAAAAAUGUCACAAAUUAAACACAAUAAUCACAGAUCAACACAGUUUAGUCACUGACCUAUUUGAAAAAAUUAAUAACUUGGUGAAGGAGAAUGAAUGGAAUUAUCUCAGCCUGGAAAUAUAUGUAUCACCACCAGAGAUGCCAUCAAAGAAAAAAGUGAUGGAGAAAUUUGCCGGAUUUUCAUUGGACUUAAAACACAAAAUUGGAUCACUUGUGCAAACAUCAUCUCAGAGUACAAGAAACAAAGAAAUGCCUGUUCUCAAUCUGGUAAUGUUUGGAAGUAACAGUGCUGGGACGACUUUAGCAGUGAACACAAUACUGGGCCUCAGAGAGUCUGCAGAAGUGUCUGAAUUUGAAACCCAUCAUAAAUGUGUCAAGAGAGAUGGUGUGAUAUGUGGACACAAGGUCACUCUGGUUGAAAUGCCGAAGCUAAACAAAACAUCUCUGUCUCAGAAGGAUGUGCUGCACGAGGCAUACCAUGCUCUGUCUUUAUGUUCAUUUAACAUAAACACAUUUCUGCUGGUCCUUACUGUUGAUCCGCUCACUGACGAUGAUAAAGUAGAACUGAAUUUAAUGAGCGACAUAUUUGACACAGCUGAUGGGCAGUUCUGGAAUUGUCUGAUGAUCAUGUUCAUAUAUCAAGGGAACAGGCAGGACAAGAUUGUCAAUAAAUUCAUACAUGUAAACAAAGACAUUCAGACAUUAUUGAAGAAAUGUGGGAACAAAUAUUACAUACUCAGUGUUAAACAAAGACCGGAUAGUACACAGCUCUCAGAAUUGCUACAGAUGAUCUAUAGAGUUACUUGCUACUCAUCUAACACAUAUAUGCAGGCUCAGAUGGAUAACAGAAUUCAACUAGAGGCCAGAAUUAAAGAAAUGGAGAAAGAAAUCAGAACGUUAAAAAAGAUGAAUCAAAAAGAUGAGACCGAGAGAUCAAGCACAAACUGUGUGAGGAUUGUGCUUAUUGGAAAAACUGGAAAUGGGAAAAGUGCCACAGGAAACACUAUACUCAACAGAAAGGCAUUUAAAUCUCAAGCCAGUUUUAAAUCAGUGACAUUCUCUUGUCAGAAGGAAGUGGGGUUUGUUAAUGGACAUCCAGUCACUGUUGUUGAUACACCAGGUCUAUUUGACACACAAGUCCCUACAGAUGAUGUAAAGCAAGAGAUACUGAAGUGCAUCAGUCUCCUCUCUCCAGGACCUCAUGUGUUCUUGCUGGUGCUUCGAAUUGGAAGAUUCACUUGUGAAGAAAAAGAAACUCUGAACCUGAUCAAGGAAACUUUUGGGAAGAACGCUGGAAUGUUUAGCAUCAUAAUAUUCACUCAUAGUGAUCAGCUGCAAGAUCAGACAAUUGAGAGCUGUCUGGAAGAUACAGAUUCACAUAUGAAGAAGCUGAUCAGAGAUUGUGGAGGAAGAUAUCAUGUGAUUGACAAUACAAAACCAGACAACUCUAAACAAAUCACUGACUUACUGGAAAAAAUCAACAGUAUGGUUGAAAAGAAUGGAGGAGGGUGUUACACCAAUGAGAUGUUUGAAGAAGCAGAAGCUGCUAUAAAACUGGAAAUGGAAAGAAUAUUACAGAAAAAGAAAGAAGAGAUGGAAAGAGAGAACAAACUUUUACGUGACAAACAUGAGAUGGAGAUGGCAGAGAUGAAGAGAAGAAUAGCAGAACAAAGAGAGUUAAUGGAAAGAGAGAGGAAGGCAAAGGAGGAAGAACUCAGAAUUAAGGAAGAGUUCUUGGGAAAUGAACUUAAGAGAAGAGAUGAACAAGAAGAGAAGGAGAAGAAAGAAAGACAAGUAGCUGAAGAACUAAGAAGAAUAGAAGAGGAGGAUAAACAGGAACAAUGGAAAAGGAAACUACAAGAAAUAGAAGAGAAACGAAAAAGACUAGAAGAAGAACAACAGAACAGAGACCAGGAAUAUAGAGAGAAGUAUGAGAGAGAGAGGAGAAAAAUGGAGGAACUUCAUAAAGAGAGACUGAAGAGAGAACAUGAGGAAGAAUACCAGAAAAGACUUAAAGAGGAGAGGACUGAAUGGGCACUGAAAGAAAAGAAAAUGAUUGAAGAAUUUGAACACGAAAAAAGAAAAAGAGAAGAAAAGGAAAAUGAGAGGAUUGAGGAGGAGCUUAAAGAAAGAGAGAGAAUAGAGAGAGAGUAUGAGAACAGUAAAAUAGAAAUGAGAAAACAGAGGGAUGAAUGGGAAAAAUCAUGGAAGGAAGAAUGGGAUAAAAGAAUAAGAGAAAGAAGGGAAGAAGAGAGAGAGAAACUGAGAAAGCUUGAAGAAGCAUUUGACCGAGAGCGUAAAGACGAGGAGGAGAAGAGGAAGAGAGAAGAUAAAGCCAGACGAGAACAGGAGGAGAAAGAACGAAAAGAAAUGGAGGAAGAAUAUGAAAGGAAAUUAAAAGAAAUGAAGAGAAAGUAUGAAGAUGAGGCCAGAAAACAAGCAGAGGAAUUCAAUGAAUUCAGAGAGAAAUAUACUAAAGACUUUCAUGCUCUCAUGUUAAAGCAUGAUUCAGAGAUGAAGGAGCUGAAGGAAAAGCAUGAAAGAGAGGUCCGUGAGAAUCAAAAAGAGUACAGCGUAUUGAGUGAACUCUCAAAGCAAAAAGAGAAAAAUCUGAAUGAAAAAAUGAAUGAAAUGGAAGAAAAACAUCAAAGAGAGGUUGACGAGCUGAAGAAGAAGUAUGAGUCCAAAUGUGACUUAAUGUAAUACUAAUCUCUUUACUAGAUUUAUGCCCUGACAUGUAUAAUAUUAGAAGUUUAGGUUGCAGUGAGUAUCUUGAGUGUCCAACAGCUGCUUUAAAACUAGAACUUCCAGAGGUCACUGUAUACCUAAAAGCACCAGCGGGUAAAUUUUACCCACGCACAUUACAACUGUAUUUAUAUGGCUAAAGAACAUAUUAUUUCACUGUAUUAUGCCACUGUCUUCACAAAGAAGUGUCUAGAGUCAUGAAAUGAUUGCCUAAUCAUCCACUAUAUUUUUGUCUUCUUGUUUCGUGUUCAAGGCUUUUUUUAUGCAGGCCACUAAUCACUUUUCAUAACGGUCAGUAUAAGCUAAACAAGCCUGCACUGACAACGAGAAUUAGAAAGAUGUAAAUACGUAUUUUGGUGGUGUAAUAUUAUACUACAAUGUCAUUAAUAUAUAAAGAUAUGAUAAUAUAAUCAUAGUAGAUAAUAUAUUAACCUAUGUUAUUUAAAUUACUAAAAUAGACUAUUUCAAUGAGCAAUAAUAAUUCACACUGCAUGAUGCGAUUAGAAAUUCAAGUGUACAGCUUCACCUAAUUAAUUAUUAAUUUGUUUAGUUAUAUCAUUUAUAAUUUGAAUAAGAGAACAAAAACAAUAAAUUUUGGGUAUUCAAAAUGGUUUAAUUCAUUAGAUCAUAGACCAGGUUUUUUUUUCAGGAAACGGGCAGACUACAGACGCGAACAAGAAACGAUAGAAAUGGCAAAACAAAAAUUAAAUAAUUAAUCCAAAUUUUGAACAAUUAUGAGUAACGUUGGUAAAACAUUAAUAUGAUAUCUUGAUCACUGUCUGCUGAGCCGACCCAGGACACUUUACUUAUCUCCCCACCAUCAGACUCUCCAUCUCCAUUAUUUAUGAAACUGAUAACCGCUAAUUCAGUGAGUGAAAGGUGUUGCCUAUCGAUGUACAAUGUUAAAACAUAAGCGACAAAAAAUUGACAGCGUGAAAAUAUAGGCAUUUUUUUUAGGGUUAAUUUGACCUGCUGGUGCUUACAGGUAUAAAUGCCCCAUUUUUUGAUCUGGUUUUAUCUAAAUAAUUUUAACAACAGGGGAUUGUAAUUCACACAAUUUUAAUAAAAGUCAAUGACUGGGAGACUUGAAUGUUUCAUUGAAGAUCUGUUAUGUACAUUUGAAAAACAGCCCCGGGCAAAAUUUACCCCUUAGUGGUUUAAGUGUUAAAAAGGUCAUGAACCGAGAAACCAAAAUACCCAUGAUCUUUUGACAUAGCUAUAAAAGGUCAUUGUACUAUAAAAACAUCCUGUAAGUUUUAGUACUCAAAACUUCCUCGUUAGUCUUAAAGGGGUCAUGACAU